AUGCUACGAGGUGAUGGCGUCAAGGUGAAACUCACCACUAUGGAAAUAUUUGAACAGCCAUAUGGUUGGUGGACAUUCAAACCAGUAACCAACCAGCUUCUCAAUAGGCAUGUUGUUGUAACUCCAAAAAGGCUCAUAAAAUUCAUAAAUAAAAAAUUCAUAAAAUUCGUUACACAACUCAUGAAGGAAGAAAUUCUCUUGCCCAGUUCCAAGGAUCCUGUGGCUUUCCCUCUCGGAUUACUUGGCGUCAAGGUGAUUCCGAUGAUGCAUUCUGAGAAGGAUAAGAGAAACCGCGAAAAGGUAUCCGAACGGGCACUUGCCGACUGA